AUGACUGUUUGUGGGCCGUUUGAAAAGAUCGACGGACCUAACAUUGCUCGAAGAUUACGUGGUCGAAAUAAAACAGCGUCUUGGAUAUGGUCUACUGACCAAAUGUUCAUGGAUGAGCAGUCGAAUGCAUAUCCUAUUCGUCGACUCUUAAGUCGCAAAUCGAAGCCCUCCAUGGAAGACCUCGUGGAUCACCAUCGAUCCACUUAUUGGGCUUCUCCCUCUUCCUCCACUUCCAACCAUCUCCAUGGCAGCAACGUCAAUGGCGAUCGCGUUAAUGUUGACCCCAAAGUUGAAGACAUUCUCGGUGUGCUAAGUGAUAGUGAUGACAGUGAUGAUGGUGAACGAACUCUGAAGGAAAAGGAAGACGUGAGGGACAAUCUGCCAUUAGCCUAUCUAUACAAAUGUGUGGUCUCACCACCACCGCAGUCCUCAGCGUUGCCAGUCGCAACCACUGUCCCUACUACGUCGGUGCUCUGCACCGCUCCGCGCUGUCAUCGACCGGUGGUGCAGUCGGACGACCGGUGGGAUGGCCAGUUCUGCUCCGUUGAAUGUCUCCUUCAAGUCUGUCAUGAGACUUUCCAUACAGCAUUCCGAGAUCAGUCAAAACUACAACAGCACCAACAGCAACCAGAGCACUACCUGACAUCUACUUUCAAAAAUUCUACUGGUAUUUUCUCCUAG